AUGAACUCUCUCCUCGCCUUCGCUGCACUGCUUGUUUGGGGCUUGUCCCCAGCUCAUGGGAGCCUCUGGGAGCUGCAGAAGAUGAUCACGAAGGCCACAGGGAAAAAUGCCCUCCUGUACUACUCCCUUUAUGGCUGCUACUGCGGCCUGGGGGGCAAAGGACAGCCCAGAGAUGCCACAGACAGAUGCUGCCAGCUGCAUGAUACCUGCUACAAAAACCUCCUGAGCUACCACUGCGACGCCAAGACGCGGGGCUACAGCUACAGCUGGCACAGCGGCAGCCCCUCCUGCAGAAAGGGCUCCUGGUGCUCCCAGUACUCCUGCGAGUGCGACCGCAGCCUGGUGCUUUGCCUGAAGCGAAACAUUGGGAGCUACAACAAACGCUACCGCGUCUACCCCAAAUUCUUGUGCUAG